AUGGCUUUCACCAGUUUCGCGGGCAACAGCUACGCGAUCGUGUCGGACGAGGCGCGAGAGAUUAGCGGGUUCGAUGAGAUCCCCCUGAUCGAUCUGGGCCUGCCCCGGGAUGAACUGGUCGCGCGGCUCCGAGACGCCUGCACCCGCGUCGGCUUCUUCUACAUCAAGAACCACGGCGUGCCGCAAGACACCAUUGACCGCGUGUUUGCAUCGGCCCAAGGCUUCUUCAACCUCGACGAACAGGCCAAACAACAGUGCCACUUCAAGAACUCCAAGGCCCUGUGCGGCUACGAGGGCAUUCAGAGCGUCUACACCGACGAGACGAGGAAGCCCGACCUCAACGAAGCCUUCAGCUGGCGGUACUCGCCCGACCUUGAUCCCACCUGCAACAAGGACUCGUCGUCAUCAACCCCGGUCGACGACACCUCGAGCAGCGGCCGCGGCUUGGCUGGCCCGGGCAAUGACGAUGAGCAGGCGCUCUUUCUGACCGGCCAGAAUCAAUGGCCCGAGGCCAAGCCAGAAUUGAGGAGAGAUGUGACGGAAUACUAUGGCCACGUGCUCACACUGGCACGGCGCUUGAUCCGCUAUUUUGCCCUGGCUCUGGGCCUGCCGGAAGGCUACUUCGACGACAUGAUGCGAAGCCCGGGUUCCAUGGGCAAGGUCCUGCAUUAUCCGCCUCAGCCGAAGCGGGCUCCCGAGGAUGUGCCACUCGGCAUCGGAGCGCACACCGACAUUGAAUGCUGCACCAUCUUGUGUCAGGGAGGCAAUAUUCCCGCCUUACAAGUCCUGAAUCCCAAUGGCGAAUGGGUGUUGGCACCGCCAAUCCCGGGGACGUUUGUCGUCAACAUCGGCGAUAUGUUGGCAAGAUGGUCCAAUGAUACAUUCCGCAGCACCAUCCACCGCGUCCUCAACAUCACAGGUCAAGAGCGGUAUUCUCUGCCUGUCUUCAUCGGCCCAAGUUACGACACGAUUAUCAAGCCGCUUGCCACCUGUCUCGCCCAAGGCGCCAAGUACGACGCGAUCCCCGCUGGGCUGUACGUUUGGAAGCGACUAGCCAUCAGCAGGCUCGACAAGGCCGAAUACGAAAGGCAGUUGUUGGAGAUGGAAAGUCGGUACACGGGAGUGGUGGCUUGA